AUGGAACCCACCCACCACACUUAUGAGCCAUGCAACGAUGAACACCACGUAGGACGCAUUUCAGGGAGGACAUCUGCCUCUCAGAGGUUCCGCAUGAAUUCAGGCUUCAUAAGUCGCCUGUCCAUUCGAAAAAAAGAGGGCUACCACCACAGCAACUACAACAACAGCGGCAACAACAGCAGCAGCAACAACAACAGCGUCAUCAAUUUAAACAAUAGCAACAACGACAGCGAAAACAACACGUCAAAUAAGCUUGAUCUGACAUCAUCAACGGCAUCGUCCAAAUUGACAACUAGUCCCUUCAGGACAAGCAGAAAAGUUCAACCACGGUUGCAACAACAAAAACAGCAGCAACCGCAACAACAACAUUCUCUCAUUCGUAAAACAUAUUCGAGCACCGCCGAUUCCUCUUCGGGCCGCCACCCGCCCAUCAGUAGGUCCACCAAAUUGAAAAGGUUAUUUAAUUUCUUUUUGAACGGCGAAAAUCUGAUCAAGCCUCCACUCACUUGCAUCUAA